AUGCAAUUUACUCCAAAAGUAUCUGAAUUCGACUUUGAGAGACCUUCAAUAAAAGUUUACAAACUAAGUUAGCAACUAGUCUUCAAUAGAGCAGUAUCUGAAUAAAAAAUAAGAAGAUCUAGAGCUAUUUCAGAUAUAGUAGGUUAAGCUUCAAAAUAAAUUGAUUUUAAGGAGGAAAUAAAAAGGCUAGAGCAAAUUGAAAAGCCUUAAGAACUAAAAAGAGAGAUAUUUAGAUAAAUUAAACAAACUUGCAGGGAAUUUAGAAAUGUAGAAAGAGAAAGAGAUGGGUCAUUGUGGGUAAAAUCAUUUUGUACUAAUGAAAAAAUUAAACUAAGCAAAUUGUUCUAAGGAACUUAAAAUAUAUAAACAAUAGAUUACAAAAAAUUUCAUUCAAGAAGAAACAGCAAAGUACAAAUAAUUGCCAAAAAGAAGGNAAAAUUAAAAAAAAAAACAAAUAUGAUUAUCACAGAAAAAAGAAAAGAAGUUUUGAUGCUUCUAAUACUAAAAAACCAACUUAAAAAUUCGCACUAGAGGAGGAUAAGCUUAUUCUACAGUUAGUUCUAAAUGUCGGUCCUAAGUUUUAAAAAAUUCAUAAACACUUUCCAGGAAAAACUCUGGCCAUGGUAAAGAAUAGAUAUUACAAAUAUCUUCGGUAUAGAUGGGAGAUCUUGGGAUAGUAUUUUGUUUAAAAUAUUUUUAGAAACUAUAAACAUCUAAGCAUUCCACAAGAUUCAUAUGAAAAUUUGUGUGAAUAAUAAAAAAUUAUAAGUGAUCAACUUGAGGAGGAAAAGAGCGACUUAAUAGCGUAAAUUAUCUCCCAUACAAAACUACUUUCAAAUGCUCGAAUGUUUGUUGAAUAUCUAAUUGAACAAUUAUUAUGA